GUGCAAACACCUUUGCCGUAUCCGUCGCCUUGGACAACCGGGGGCCCCAAAAGGCCGUUCGUCGGUAAGGCUACACCAAGCUUCAGCUUUAUCAUCGUCGUCAUGUCCAAGUUCCUCCCGUCUCUUGGAACAUUCGCCAAGGGAACUGCAGCGACUGCCGCCGGCCUGGGCACCAUAGGUUGUGGCCUCUUGUAUUAUGGCCAGAACUACCUCAUCUAUCCUUCCGCCUUCCCCCCUGGUGCUCGUCUUGACGUUCCAGUACCGACAGACUACGGACUACAGUACGAAGACCUUGACCUGGUAACAAGCGACGGCGUCACGUUGCGGUCGUACCUACUCCCGCAGAAGAAGAACCUGAACAACUCGCAUGCAGUGGAUGUGCCGCAUCCAAUCAACCAGACAGACGAAGAGUUUGCUUCCACCCGACCGACGGUGAUGAUGUUCCACGGAAACGGCGGGAACCACGGGCACCGGAUACCGCUCGCGAAGGUAUUUCAUGUGCGGAUGAGGUGUAACGUCCUGAUGCUUUCGUAUCGCGGGUAUGGUCACUCGGACGGUUCACCCUCGGAACUCGGUCUUUGCAUCGAUGCGCAGACGGCGCUCGACUACGUUCUCUCGCACCCUUACCUGUCCAAAACCCCGAUUAUUCUAUACGGUCAAUCCAUCGGCGGCGCAGUCGCCAUCCAUCUGGCAUCUAAGAACCCCUCCAAGAUAACUGCUCUCAUCCUUGAAAACACAUUCACGAACCUUCCCCGCCUCAUCCCGUCUACCCUGCCCCUACUCGCGCCUCUAUCGUUCCUGUGCCACCAGAAGUGGGACUCGGCAUCCAAGGUGCCGCUCAUACCGCGGAGCACACCCAUUCUCAUGCUCUCGGGCGUCAAAGACGAGGUCGUACCACACGUGCAUAUGCAGGAGCUAUGGGAGAUUGUAUGUAGGCGCCAGGGCACGAAACGCGCAGAGCAGGAUCAUAUCGGUGAGACUACCGUGGACGGCGACAAACUAGGUGAAGGUACGAAAGAGGAAGGUGCGAGCACGGACACGAAGAAGGAGGAAGAGAGCCGAUCGGGCACGGGUACAGGGGAGAUAGGCUCGGGACUGAGCAAGUUCAUCGAGUACGAGGCUGGGUUCCACAACGACACGUGUGUCCAGCCUGGGUACUGGGCUACGGUAUCCGAGUUUGUAGCAGCCGUGGGGCAGGCGCACGAGCACGCGUCGCGGCUUUAGAAGGUGGCUGGAUGCUAUGGAUUGUGGACGGGCUGGAUGUGGACAUUUGCUUCGCGGAACGGCUAUAUGUUUCGGUUCUUAUCGUCUGUUUAUCGCUAUUGUAUCAUCAUUCUUCCUGUGCAUUAAUGGUUUCUAUCAUCGUCGC